GGAUUCCACUUUCAGCCAAAGGGGGGGCAGCCCAUAUGACCUUUUAAACAGCCUUUCCUGCAACCCAACCCUCAACUUCCAACCAGCUAAACCCUCCCACUAAACGUCGGUACAACACUACUCACACAUACACUGGGACUACCUCGUAGACAUUAAACCCAGGCUUAGCAUAUGAACUCUGUACACAGAAAGAACUGAGGGAGACGAGGAGAUCUUGCCUUUUUAUAUGAAGACAAAGAAGAGCCUUGUCUAUGGAUAUGAGAAAAUGGUUGACCUGCAUCAAGAGGUGCCUAGGACCCAAUGUUUACACCGAGGUUCCAGAUGGUGGCUGGGGCUGGGUGGUGGCAGUGGCCUUCUUUGUAGUCGAGGCGUUCACCUAUGGAGUCAUAAAGACCUUUGGGAUCUUCUUGAAUGAUCUUAUGGUUGAAUUUAACGAGAGCAACAGCCGCAUAUCAUGGAUUCUCUCCAUCUGUGUGUUUGUCAUGACAUUCACAGCCCCACUGUCAACUUUGCUGAGCAACCGCUUUGGCUUCCAGCCUGUUGUGAUGGUCGGAGGAUUCCUAAUCUCUUUAGGAAUGAUCGCAACAGCUUUUACCACUUCGGUAAAUCAGAUGUACAUCACUCUUGGGGUUAUAGCAGGACUGGGCUACUGUCUCACCUUCCUCCCCACCGUCACCAUCCUCUCCCAGUACUUCUGUAAGCGUCGUUCCAUCGUGACCUCCAUGGCUUCCACAGGGGAGUCAAUUGCCAUAUUUGCUUUUGCUCCAGCAUUUUCAGCAAUCAAAGACCAAAUUGGUUGGAGGUACACAAUGGUUGUCAUUGGACUUCUUCAAGGUUUAAUUAUCAUAUGCGGGGUCCUCCUUCGGCCCAUAGUGAUUAAGCCCUCACCUUCAGAUGAGAGCAGCAAGGAAAAGUUGAAGUCCACACAGCAAGAGGCCAAACAGACUAUAAACACAGAACAACUCCAUGGGUCUGCCACCUCAGGGGAUUCUGGCGUUCAGUCACUAGAAGACCCUGAGGUGGGAGUCCAGGUGACAGAGAAGGAAGAGCAGAAGGCCCUUUCCCCGAAACCCAGCGAUAAGCCAGCGAGACGCAAGCUCCUGGAUCUCUCUGUGCUGAAGGACGGAAGCUUCCUGUGCUACUCCGCGUUCGGCCUCUUCGCCACGCUCGGCUUCUUCGCGCCGCAGCUCUACGUGGUGGAGCUGAGCGUCAGCCGCGGCGUGGACCGGGACAAGGCGGCGUACUCGCUCUCCGUCAUGGCGGUGGCCGAGAUCUUCGGGCGCCUCUCCAUCGGCUGGAUCAUGAGCUGGCGGCGCCUGCGCAAGAUCUACGUGCUGCUGGCGUGCGUGCUGCUCCUGUGCCUGGUGCUGGUGGCCUUCACGCUGGUGGGCGGCGGCUUCUGGGGCGUGGCCGUGUGCUGCGUGUUCUACGGCUUCCUGCUGGGCAACGUGGCCUCCACCCACAUCCCCAUGCUGGCCGAGGACGACGUGGUGGGCAUCGAGAGGAUGCCACUGGCCGUCGGCGUCUACGUCUUCAUUCAGAGUUUUGCCGGCCUUGCCGGGCCACCUUUGGGAGGUGUUUUGGUGGACAUUACGGACAAUUACGGUGCUGCAUUCUACUCCUGCGCUGCGGGUAUGGCGCUGGGAGCCAUAUUUCUGGCAAUGGUACGACCAGCUAAGAUGGGCAAGCUCUGCUGGAAGAAAACCACUCAAGAGUCAGAGAACAGUCCAGAUGAGAGAGAUACCUCAGUAAAAGAGAGCUCACCAGAAGACUUUGUUGAAGAGGACGUUAGCCCGGACACCAAUCCAAAUGACCACUGAUCAGACAGUGCUUUGGACAUCAUCAGGUGAAAAUGUUUUUGUUACACAUAGGCUGCCUUUUCUGUCUAGCUGCCUUUUCAUACUUAAUCAUAGGGGGAGGUUAUACAGUAGAACAUAAUCACUUGAUUGUGAAAACUCAAUAGAACAGUACAGUGAUGCAAUGACAGAUCUCACCAGACUCAAUGAUGCUUGAUCAAAUAGCGCACUUUAGGGCACUGCAUUUGUUGGGGGGGAUUGUAAUGUAUUUUUCUACAUGUUUUAAGGGAGUUUUUUUUUAAAGAGGUCAAAUAUGGUCCAAGAUCCUCUUUGCAAAAAAGGAAAAUGAGUAAAAUAAUUUAGAUGUGCAUACCAGUAUUUUUUGUUACAGUUUACGAUUAAUUUACUGUCUGUGACACGUCAUUUUCGAAUAUUUUGGAAGGUUUUUGGACCAAUGUUAACAUGAAGAAACUACCUUAAGAUCUAUAAUAUAUGGACAUUAUUUUAAGAUGAUUAUGAAGGCAUUAAGAUUCUGACUGUCUUGUCAGGCUUGAUGAAUGUGUCAUCAAUUGCAUUUACACUCUGUUGUACACAGUCAAUGCUGGACACUAAGUCAGUAUUUGGACACUCAAUCCUUAAGUCUAUGCAUGGACAAAUACUUACAGUUUUAUGUAGUCUAAUUGACCCCUUCAUGGUUCACGUCACAAGAAAGAUGUGUGCGCAUAUCACAGCUUUCCAUCCCAUUAAAUUGUGUGUGUGUGGGUGUGUGUGAGUUGAUUGAAACAUUAAGGAAACAUUAACAAAACUACUACUACUUUUUGGCAUGUAUACACACUGGGCUUGUCAACCAGACAGCCAUAUAUGGCGGGCCAAUGAAUCUCUGGUCACUUGCUAACGUCUACCCAUUCUGUUAUCAAGCUCAGGAUUUGACAGACAAUUGUCAUUAGCUAAGAUUCAUUUAUUAAGAUCCGGUUCGCGGUCGUCCCUCGACAGCUCAACAUGCCGGUCAAUUAGCUGCACCAUUUCCCUGCACGUGCACACAACCAACGCUCUGCAUGUUUACAAACACUGAAGGGGUCUAUUAGUGAUUGUAUUACCAUGCAAAGUUUGUAGCAGGAGUUUGAUUCGGGAAUUCCAGAUAAAUUGCCUAAUCAAAUUCUUUCUGAACAAGUGAGAUGCCUUCAAUCUCUCCGACCAAUACCUGUGAUUUCCACUGUGAAUGGAAUGCUUGCUAAAGCCACACUAGUACUAUGAUUACUAACUGCUGAAAGCUUCUUAUACCUCAUGCCAACGGCCUCAUUAGAGAACACUGUGACUGAUCCUGUGAACUGUGAUUAAUCAGUCUGUUUUCCUUUGAUGGGAAUUAAGCCAGGAACUCUUUCAGUGUGUCUUGAACUCGAAAAAUGUUACUUCACCAAAGUUAAAGGCAGAAGCUGCCGUACAGCAAUCUAGUGUACUGUUUAAACAGUGCAGUGCUUCGUGGUCCCAUGGGGUGUCUUCUGCUCAAAUUAUAUUGUGAUUUCAACUUACUUCGAAGUCCAGGGAUAUCUUAGAGGUAUAACACCUCAUAAAUUGGAUGUUUCGCUAAUGAACAUUUCCUAAUUGGCUCGUGGCAGCCAUCUUUGGUCCAUUUUGAUAUGUCAAGAUGUUUACUCUGUUUAGCAUUAACAUCAACAGUUGCCACUGGUUUUGCACCUUGUAACAAAAUAUAUAUAAAAGAGAUAAUAAAAGUAUAUUGUUACAUAUUUUGUUACCUGCUCCUGAGCCAGAAGUAUGGUGUAUGGCCAAUCUUUCAUCAAUGGCACAGACAAAAUGUCAAGACUGUUACCGUGAUCAUGCUGUUACCUGACUGACCAGGUAUAAACAGGGUAUCUGAGAGCUUUGGAAGCACUGGAUUACUUUACUGUUUUGCUUUGGAUAAGAGCAUUGUUGUUUGUUGGUUCAAAAUAUUGAAGAUUCUUCCUAGGCUCUUAAGUAUGGAAGAGUUGCAUGUGAUUUUUUAUAAGAUUUUAUUCCAUGAAUAAAAAAAUAAUAUGAUCA